AUGUCUAGUUCAACCUAUGACCAGCGCUCUGCCAUCGUCAUCCGUGCACUCGUAGGCAAAAAACAUGCACAGGUUAUUCUCGGGAAGAACAGCGUCAACCUCAUGAGACUCCAGGAAGAGACUGGCGUCACGGCCAGCCUUAGCGAAGCCAUUCCUGGCGUUGGCGAGCAAGUUCUGAGAGUGCUUGGCUCUGUAGAGAGUGCAACAGAGGCUUACUUCCUCAUCGCGUCGGACCUCAUCCGCACCCAUCCGCUCAGAUCUACAUCUGUCGAGUCUGACUCUGCACCUACCACCUGUCUUCGCCUCCUGAUUCCACACAACAUGCUAGGCAGCAUCAUCGGCAGGCACGGCAGGAAGAUCAAAGCCAUGCACGCCUCCUCGGGGGCGCAGAUCUCCACGCGCGAGCAUAUGCUCCCAAACUCCACUGAGCACAUUAUGCAGCUGUGUGGAACAUCCGAGUCCAUCCGCCGGGCCGUUCGUGACAUCUGCCUCUGCUUCCUUGAGGACGAUGAACUCUGCGCCGGCACGGUGCUAUUCCAUCCCGCUGCACCAGACCAGCCGUCAUCGCCAGUCACACAGCCAACCGGCACCAGACCCUUCACGCGGGAGAUUGAUGUCCCCUCGGACAUGGUCGGGAGCAUCAUCGGUCGUGGAGGCACCAACAUCAAUGAGAUGAAACGAAUGUCGGGAGCGGAGAUCGUCAUCGCGAAGGCGCCGCGUGAGGGUGUCGAGAGGCAGACGGUCACCAUCGUCGAGACUUAUGAUGCGUACAAACGGGCGCGCACGCUCCUGUAUGAGCACAUCGAGAAGACGAGGAGGGCUCGCCAUAGCAGGCGAAAAUAG